UGCGGAACCCCCCGUCAGCCAACCACCAACGCUAAAGGCACAUGGCAACGGCUUGGCGACAGGUAAAUAAAAGCUUCAACUUCAACUGGAGAACUUCGCUCAGCACCAUCGCACACACAUAGCAAAGCAUACUCCAGCCAUUAGGCUCUACCAAAGCAUCUUCUCCGCAUCGACGGUCCAUUUGUCUGCACACACUAACACAGGAAUACUAACAGCGGACCCAUUCAGUUGGAGUCUACACCAAACAGCAACAGCAGACAUGACAAGCUUACUCACCCCAUCGAAACACCGUCAUGAUGGAAUCUUCUCUACUCGCCUUGCUGGCGGCCGUGCACCUCUCACGCCCCCGUCCCAGACGCCCCGAACGCAGGUGAUCCAGGAGGCCAGCGUGCAGACUGAAAGCAUCCACCACGGCAACGUCAACUUGCUCGCCCGCUUCUCGAGGUCCGUGUCCAAGACCAAUGUCAGAGACUCGCCCAAGUCAAACAUCGUCAGCCGCCCAUCAAAGGACUCGCCGAGAAGGCUCGAUCUUGGCAUAAGCGACCACACUCUAAAUGGCACUGGUCCCAGACCUAGCACAGCCACGUCAGCCAAGAAUACACCUUCUCGCUCUCGGAGUGGGAGGUCAGGCUCAGUGCAUCGGACGCCAAAGCGAACCCAGAGCAAGGUCAACUACACGGUGGCGGAUCGUUUCAUACCGAACCGCAACGCCAGCGAAGGCAUCUCCUCUUCCGGUGCAGCAGCCAAGCUCGAUUCAAACGAGCCUACCCCUGGACGCCUUGGUCGUCCACAUUCUUCUUCAUCCGACAGUACCUCGACAUUCUCACUUGAGGGCUUGAGCUUGAACGACCAUCAAGAGGACGACGAAGAUGAGGCACCAAAGAUAAAGGCCAGCCCGAACACCGUUGCGUACCAGCAGUCAGUGGCUGAGGCGUGUGGUGUCAGCAUCAAGCAACGCAUCCUAGCCUUCAAGCCAGCAGCACCUGAGUCUUCGCGUCCGAUCGAUCUUCGCUCACAGUACAACCGACCUCUCAAGCCUGCGGCAGCGUCAGCAUCUCAAUUCCGUCGUCGCGUACUUACAGCCCCCGAACGCGUACUUGACGCACCAGGGCUCGUGGACGACUACUACCUCAACCUCCUGGAUUGGUCGUCCGGCAACCAAGUUGCCAUCGGUCUAGAGCGCAACGUCUACGUGUGGUCCGCGGAGUCUGGCUCUGUCUCUAGCCUACUUGAAUGUCCUUCCGACACCUACAUUGCCUCUGUCAAGUGGUCCGGCGAUGGUGCCUAUGUCGCUGCCGGUCUCGGCUCAGGCGAAGUCCAAAUCUGGGAUGUCGAGGAAGGCACGAAGCUACGCUCAAUGUACGGUCACGACACCCGCGUCUCAGUCAUGGGCUGGAACAAGCACAUCCUCUCAACCGGCGCCCGCUCAGGCUUGGUCUUCAACCACGACGUACGGAUCGCUCAGCACAAGGUCGCAGAGCUAGUCUCUCAUACUUCCGAAGUCUGCGGCCUCGAGUGGCGUGCCGACGGCGCACAGCUAGCGACCGGUGGCAACGACAACCUCGUCAGCAUCUGGGAUGCGCGCGUACUUACCGCGCCCAAAUUCCAGAAGACAAACCACAAGGCAGCCAUCAAGGCUCUCGCUUGGUGCCCCUGGCAAAAUAACCUCCUCGCCACCGGCGGCGGCUCUCACGACAGGAACAUCCACUUCUGGAACACAACCUCCGGCGCUCGCGUCAACAGCAUUGACACCGGCAGCCAAGUCACCUCGCUGCGCUGGUCGCUCGCUUACAAGGAACUCGUUUCCUCGUCGGGCUUCCCAGACAACAGCCUUUCCAUCUGGUCCUACCCUACGCUUGUCAAGAACAUCGAGAUUCCGGCGCACGAGUCGCGUGUACUGCAUAGCGCGCUGAGUCCCGAUGGCCAGAUGCUCGCUACGGCCGCGGCAGAUGAGAGCUUGAAAUUCUGGAAGGUGUUUGAAAAGAAGGCAGGCACACCGAACCUGGCGGGCGUGGGCGGCGCAACUGUAAAGGCUGGGUUGACGAAGGCUACUACGAUCCGGUAAGAGGUGCGAAGGUGACAAGUGGGAGCAUGCGUAGGCGCUGGUUCUAAGCACUAAUGAUGGUGAACCUGCCAGGCGCUUUUCGUACGUUGGCAGCGCUAUACUGGGUGGAAGGCGUAACUUUUGUUUUCUCGUAGCCACAGUAGCUGGUUGUAACGUCACUCAUUCUUCCCCGAAACGGUUGUGCCUCGGGUAAAACCAGCUUCCGGACCAGGUGCAGGCGGCUUGAGGCCACGCUCUGCCGCUGGCACCGGCACUUCAGUCCGUGCUAAUUCAGUGGCAUUGCGUGAGACCAUCUCCCCUACCUUGCAGUAACGAAAGCCAGCACGAGCGGCUCGUGUACCAGCACAAUGAGCGCGUCUUGACACCUGCCAAA